CCCCUGGAGAAACUCGGCAAAAACUUGAAAUUUCUUCUUCUUCUCUUGUUAAAUAACAAGCAUAGAACCCAGAAAUCCUUCCCCCCAUCUGCAAAAUUCCGGAUCUGCUCUGCUCUGCUACUUCCGGCUGCUGCUCUGCUGUAUGGGGGUGCGAAGUGCUCUGGUUUUUUGAUUUCCAUGAGUUUCCCUGCAGAUGCCGCCGGCCCUUCCCCCAAACUGCAGUCCGGUUUUUGCUGGGGAAAUUCUAGUAUGUUGACAGCUCCUCCAAGCUUGAAUUUCAUCAAUUGAUUGCUGCCUAUGUUGUCCGAAUUUUGCUGGAAAAUGGGGGAAUUUCGGUAGCUUUAAGUGGGUUUUGUUUAAAUUAAGUGGAAAUUAGCUUGAGUAAUUGUUGUGAAUUUGUCUAGAGAAAAUCCCGUGUGUUUUAGCCACUGUUUUGCCCAUUUUGGAAGUUGAAGUUACUGUUUACGGGUUUUAAUCGUUUUGUCACUGUAGCACUUGGGUUAAGCUUUCUCUUCUGAGCAAGUGAGGAAGUGAAACUGAAGACGGGAAAACCACGAGGAGUGACGAGGUAGAAGACUAGCCAUUAUAAUUGGAUAUAAAUUUUAGAUUUUAUCAUCCUUUUGUAAAGUAGAUUUUAUUCUUGUGAUUUUGUGAUCUGAAUAUGUUUCGAGUCUUGUGCACUUGUGGGACUCGUCUCACGAGUGCACGGCAUCUGCCACGUCCCCGGAUUUGGGUUCUGGGGCGUGACAUUUUCUCUCAAAUAAAAAUUUAAAUUUAUG